AUGGUUGCUGACGGCUUUAAAAUGAGGGGAGCUGUGGUAGUCUUUGCCGCCAUAUGUCUGUUGACAGGAAAGGGCAGCUUCGGCUCGAGCCGUGCGGAAGCGGGACAAGACACAUGUGACAGUAACAAAGGCGCCGUGAAGUUAUCGUUGCCUUCUACAAGUAAAGAGAUCACCUUCAAGUGUGGAGGCGGGUUUUCGAACCUUGAUCCCAGUCUCACGCAGGUCUAUAAGGAUGCUGCCCAGCCUCAGGCCGUCGACCUAAAAAAUGUCAUCCCUGAGGCCCGCCUUACCAAGAACGACAAUGAGGGCACCUACACCCUUCACAGCGAGCCGAACAAAAGAUCACCAGGGCCAACGACGCUCGUCUAUCUCUGCAAAAAACCUAGCAGUGCCGUGAACCCUGGGCACGCACGCAGUUCCGCGGCGGACUCACCGGUCUCCGACGAGCAAUGCGUGGUAACCAUCACCGUUGCAGGGCCUCCCAAGCCUGAGCCACCCCAGUCUGUGACUCCCCCGCCUGUGAGACCCGAAUCUCCUGCCCCACCUUCAUCAGUUCCUGACCAACAGGACAAUUCCUCGUCAAAGGGCGUCCACAUGUGCACCCUUGGCGAGGCCACGACACUUACUGUCUCAAAGGCGCCCACAGAGCUCAAGCUCCAGUGCCCUGAAGGCCAUGCUUUCCAGCCCAAAGAUCCGUCCACCGUGUUCGAAGGUACAGACAGUCAAUGUGAAAAGACACAGACACUGACAAGUCUGGUUCCUGACGCUACGCUGAAACCCGAUGCGGAGGACACGGUGUUCACUCUGACUGUUUCAAGGCUCCCUUCAGGAUCGACACCCAAGAAUCUUUGCUAUCGUUGUGAACCACUGCCUGCUGAGGGUGUGCAGAAAGACGGCUCUGUGGCCAAGAGAGGUUGCAGCUUCCGCAUCGAGGUCCGUUCCUACGAGCCCGCUGAAUCAGGUGCUGUAAGCCUGAGCGGCGCCGGAAUUCGCUUCCUUUCGAUAGCCGGGGCGUUGAUCGGUGCUGGCACCUUCAGACACAUGGAAGGAGGAAUCCUCGCUACCACGUUCGCCAGGCGUUCGUUCACCAACAAACUGCUGCUUUUCUAA